AUGCCGCUCAAUUACUCGCAAGAUGAUAUGGAGGAUUAUGCCAAUGAAAACGAUUCUGAUGAGCAGUUCAAUGAGGAUAAUUUGAAUGAUGAGGACUAUAAUACCCUUUAUGAAUUAUUACCAAAGGUUAAAGAGCAAACAGAUGGCAAGUACAGAAAUUUGGACGAUCAGAAAAUCAAGGAGUUACUCUGGAUGAACUAUUUCAGCAUUGAUGAUACCAUAGAAGAGAUCAAAAGAUCAUAUAAGAGUAAGUAUAUUCUAUUUUUACUGGAAGUAAUAACUUGGUGGUGGGCAAAUCAUGAGAACUACAGAGAAUUGGCGAACAUGACAUUUCAGACAGUAGAGAUUGCUGUUUAG